CGUGAAGCGGAGCGCACGCAGCACAAGUUUUUUUAAACGGGCUGUUGUCCUGCAGCGCGCGCACCGCUCCCUUUACAAACCCUCCGUCAAAAUGUUUUUCUGCCUCAGACGCAACCUUUGCCUCGGCUGAACCCGCCAUGUAGCCGGCGCGCUGAGCGGACCUCUGCGGGACAUUUCGCUGGAUCGUGCGGUUUCGGGAGCAGCGGAGCGCGCGGCUCGCUAGCCCGGUGUGCGGGAUCCGGUGACCGCCGGGGCGGACGGGCCACCAUGCUCCGGCCGUGGGCUGUGCACUGGAUCACAGCUGUGCUCCUGUGCGGGGCGGUGGCACAGUACUCCAGCGACCAGUGUAGCUGGCGAGGAAGUGGUUUGAGCCAUGAGUCUCAUCGCAGGGAUGUGGAGCAGGUCUACCUACGCUGCUCUCAGGGGUCUCUGGACUGGCUCUACCCCACAGGCGCUAUCAUUGUCAACCUGCGGCCAAACACAGAGCCCUCAUCCGGACACAUGGCGGGUCUCCAUGUGUGCAUCAAACCCCACACAUACUCCCAGGGUUCUCAUGUGUAUCUGGAGCGUGCCGGGGAUCUGACCCUGCUGCUGGCAGAGAAGGACCACGCUCAGGGCACCGUGCACUGUUUCAGCCUGGCAGAGGGGGCUCUCUUUGUGGAAGCCGUCCCUCAGACAGACAUCAGCCGGAGGAUCACAGCUUUCCAGUACGAGCUGGUGCCCAGUCAGGGGCCCGGGGCACACAUGUACCCGUACCUGCACCCUGGUUUAGUCACCUGCAAACCCUGCUCAGAUGAAGAGGUCCUUAUGGCUGUGUGUACCAGCGACUUUGCCGGCAGUGGCAUCUUCCGAGGUGUGGCGUCAGGUACUAACGGCCACUCCCCUGCCGUGGUGACUCUGAGUCGGCUGUUCCGACAGAAGAGCAGGGUGUUUGCUUGGAGUGGAGCCAGAGGGCGGCGUUGGAGUGGACGGAUCAUUGUUCCUGCGCAGUGCGGUGUGCAUCCUGGAGGGGAUGAGUACCUUUUGACUGGCUCUGUUCAUUUUGGCGAAGCCUGGCUUGGCUGCGCGCCUCGCUACAAGGACUUCCUGAAGCUGUACAUCAGAGCAGAGAAAGCAGGAACAAACCCCUGUCAAAUAGACACAGACUGAGAGAUCUCCUCGUGGUUCUUGGUAAAGGAGGGUGGAGUGCUUCUCAAAAAGUCAGUGCAAAAGACACAGUGAGGAACACAGAAAUAAGAGUUAUGGCCCUCUGGCCAUCAUAAAGGCUUCUUCUGCAGCUCUUCUCAGCGCUGUGCAACUUGUUGCCUUGCAGCACAAAACACAGUUGGACAGUUGAACAUAUGUCCCCAUGUGACUGUAGUCGUAUGCUGUGUGUGCAAAUGUGUUUGUGCAUGAGUGAGACAGCGAAUGAAUGAAUGAACGAUGAGCUUAAAUUAAUUUUGUGCCUAACUGGUUGACAUUUUUAAUUCUCGUGACAAUACCGCUUGUGUGAUCAUUCUUGAAAUGAAAGUUUGCUUUGUAAAAAGCUUUCUGUAAAAUUUAGGAGUCUUCUGACAGAAGUGAACAGUAUGCAGCUCUGUGAGUCUUCGUGUACUAAGUGUGUGUGUGUGCGUGUUUUGCUAUUGAGUUCAAAGGUUCUAUAUAUUUACAGAAAAUAAAAAGCCAUCCUUCA